AUGUUGCCUAGGCCCUCGCUGUACCUCAACCAGUCCGGCCCGACUGAGUUGGUCUUCCGAGCGUUCGCCGCCUCCCCGGAGAUGCAGGCCCUCCUCUUCUCCGUCUUCCUCCUCCUCUACCUGAUGAUCGUCUGUGUCAACGCUGCCAUCAUUUCCUUGGUUUGGACCCACGGAGCCCUCCACACUCCCAUGUACUUCUUCCUGUCCAACCUGUCCUUCCUGGAAAUCUGCUACAGCACCGUGGUGGUCCCCCUGACUCUGGCCAACGUCUUCGGGGCCCAGAAGCCCAUCUCCCUGGCCGGCUGCGGGACCCAGAUGUUCUUCUUCGUGGCCUUGGGCAGCACCGACUGCUUCCUGUUGGCCGUCAUGUCGUACGACCGCUACGUGGCCAUCUGCCGUCCGCUCCACUACUCGCUCCUCAUGACCCGGCGGCUCUGCGCCCGCCUGGUGGUCGGCUCCCUGGCCCUGGCCCUCUCGCUGUCCCUGCAGCUGACGGCCUUGAUCUUCUCCCUGCCCUUCUGCGGCGGCCGCCGGGAGGUCAACCACUUCCUGUGCGACGUGCCGCCCGUCCUGCGCCUGGUCUGCGCCGACAUCCGGGCGCUCCAGGCCCUUCUCUACGUGGUGGGCCUCGCCGUGCUGACCGUCCCUCUCCUGCUCAUCUGCGCCUCGUACGUCCGCAUCGCCGCCGCCAUCUUGCGCGUCCGCUCGGCCGCCGGCCGCCGGCGAGCCUUCUCCACCUGUUCCUCCCACCUCACGGUCGUCCUGCUGCAGUACGGCUGCUGCAGCCUGGUCUACUUGCGGCCCCGCUCCAGCGCCUCCGAGGAGGAGGACAGGAGGAUCGCUCUGGUCUACACCUUUGCGACGCCCCUCCUCAACCCCCUCAUCUACACCCUGAGGAACAACGAUGUCAAGGGGGAGCUACGAGAAGCCCUGAGGCCAAAGCGGGGAGUCACGAUGAUGUGA